CGUCCGUUAAUUCUCGCCCUCCGACCCUUUUCCCAAUCGCCAUAUCUAUACAACAUGGCUGACGCUCCCCGUGGACGUGGAGGAUUUGGCUCUCGCGGUGACCGUGGUGGUGACCGUGGCCGUGGCCGUGGCCGCCGUGGACGUCGUGGUGGCGCCAAGGAGCAGGAGAAGGAAUGGCAGCCCGUCACCAAGCUCGGCCGUCUCGUCAAGGCUGGCAAGAUCACCAGCAUGGAGCAGAUCUACCUGCACUCCCUGCCCGUGAAGGAGUACCAGAUUGUGGACUUCUUCCUCCCCAAGCUCAAGGAUGAGGUCAUGAAGAUCAAACCCGUCCAGAAGCAGACCCGUGCCGGUCAGCGUACCCGCUUCAAGGCUGUCGUUGUCAUCGGUGACUCUGAGGGCCACAUUGGUCUCGGUAUCAAGACCUCCAAGGAAGUCGCUACCGCCAUCCGUGCCGCCAUCACCAUCGCUAAGCUGAGCGUUCUCCCCGUCCGUCGCGGUUACUGGGGUACCAACCUCGGUGAGCCUCACUCUCUGCCCGUUAAGCAGAGCGCCAAGUGUGGUUCCGUCUCCGUCAGACUUAUCCCCGCUCCCCGCGGUACCGGUCUCGUUGCCUCCCCCGCCGUCAAGCGUCUCCUCCAGCUUGCUGGUGUCCAGGACGCCUACACCUGCUCUUCCGGCUCCACCAAGACCCUCGAGAACACCCUCAAGGCUACUUUCCUUGCCGUCGUCAACACCUACGGCUUCCUCACCCCCAACCUCUGGAAGGAGACCAAGCUUAUCCGCAGCCCUCUUGAGGAGUUCGGUGAUGUCCUGCGCCAGGGCAAGAAGUACUAGGAUAGUGCUGUGAUGGGAUAAACUUGCAUGAUUGUUUUUUGAAUCGAACUAUUUUUCUACGGACUUCAAAAAGUUUUCUCUUUGGCUGUAGGAACGGAAUACCGCACAGAUACGACUUUUUUUUUUCGCGCCCACCUACGCUACUUAACGGUGUCAACGGAUGUAAUGAUUAUUAAAUAGGGGGAAAUUCGGGCGCUUAGCGCAAGGUCAAUUUAACCUCCAAUUUUCGCCAUUGACUCCCGGGCGAGUGAAAG